UACUAGUCUAGUUAUCUAACCCCGUGCCCCCUUUCAACUCUGCAACUCUGUCUCUGUCGAGCGAGACUCGAGCGAACCUUCGGCGGUUUCUCAUCCAGCACUAAACUCCACCAUCUGUAUUACAUUGAUUACUUCUCAAUAACUUACACAUGCUCCUUGUUUUCCCCUCCCUCUUUGCUGACCCCUUCCCUCUCGUGCUUUUCUUGUCAACACUCGCAAGUAACCUCCCUUUUGACUUGCCGUCUCGUUUUUAGUCCCCACAAGUUCACCGUUUCCAACGCGUCACAACGCCCGUUACGCAAGGGUUACAAUAACUGCCUGGAUCCAGAAACACCCGUAACCGAGCCUUGGACUAAUGACUGUACUCGGCACUUGCUCAUACAAUCCCCAAGCAGGCAAGCAAGCAGCAACACCUACCUACCGACGGCAGUCUCACUGCCUUGGUUCAGCCCGCAACACGAUCAAGUACUACCUGACUGGACGUGCACAAAAUCCAAAUGUAAAACCCUUUUCCCUCCCCCCCCCCGACCGUUCCGUCCCGUUUGUUGGCCUUGUCGUCAGCAUCACCGGACGCGCACUGCACAUUGACUCCAUCCAUCCGGGGAGGGGCGAGACUUUUAGGCUUUUACGUAGUUUGCCAUGUGGGUGUUGCAACUAUUCCUGUCCAACCGAAUCUGCCAUCUCGGUAGAUGAUAGCCUGGAUCAUCAGAUCAACGUCUACGAGUAUACAUUUCCGUCGACGACUUUACCCACUGCGGUUGAUCACAGCGCUAUCACCAACUCCAGAACCAUCUUACAUAACGCACUUCAGCAUAGAUUCCAACCCGGAUGUCACCACUCCCCCCCCCCCCCACUAGUUGGGACCUAAACACAACCAAGCUAUUUUAGGGGGAACCAGGCGGGAGAAGCGGAUGGAUGAGUUUCUGUCUCUCUCUCAUUUCCGUCUGGUAC